ACAUUCCAGGUUCAGGACUACUUUAUCAGUGUAGUCAUGUGGCUCUGAUGGCGGAUGGAUACCAUAAAACUCUCAGAAUAAAAACCUAAAGUUACCGAAACUACUUACAGCAUUGCACCAGAGUUGGAAAGUUACAGAUUAAAGUCCAUAAGAAGAGAUUUGAGCAGUCAUGUUCUUCCGCUGUCUCCUGCUGGUUCUCGUCUGCCUUCAGGAUUUCACAGUAGCUGAGAAUGCAAAUGGACCAGAUAAAUGCUGUUUCAGUUUCCAGACACAUAAAAUCCCUGAAAGAGUCAUUACAGAGUAUCAAGAAACAGAUGCUCAGUGUACAAAAGCUGGAGUCAUUUUUACUCUGAAGAGCGGUCGUCAUGUGUGUGCAGACCCCAGGGUUGAGUGGGUACAAAUUACCAUGAUAGGAUUUGAAAGAUCAAUUAUCAGUGAUGCAAAUGGACCUCAAUGCUGUUCCAGUUUCCGGACACAUCCAAUCCCUGUAAGAGUCAUUGAAACGUAUAAAGAAACUCACAUGGACUGUACAAAAGCUGGAAUCAUUUGUACUGUAAAGAGCGGUCAUCGCGUGUGUACAGACCCCGGGGUUGAGUGGGUGCAACAGGCCUUGAAAAGAUUUGACCAGCGUCUGUUUGCAAGUUCGAUUAUCAGUGAUAAAAAUGGACCUCAGUGCUGUUCCAGUUUCCGGACACAUCCAAUCCCUGUAAGCGUCAUUGAAACGUAUAAAGAAACACAGAUGAACUGUCCGAAAGCCAGAGUCAUUUUUACUCUAAAGUACGGUCAUCUCGUGUGUACAGACCCCGGGGUUGAGUGGGUGCAACAGGCCAUGAAAAGAUUUGACCGGCGUCUGUUUGCAAGUUCGAUUAUCAGUGAUGCAAAUGGACCUCAGUGCUGUUCCAGUUUCCGGACACAUCCAAUCCCUGUAAGCGUCAUUGAAACGUAUGAAGAAACACAGAUGAACUGUCCAAAAGCUGGAGUCAUUUUUACUCUAAAGUACGGUCAUCAUGUGUGUACAGACCCCGGGGUUGAGUGGGUGCAACAGGCCUUGAAAAGAUUUGACCAGCGUCUGUUUGCAAGUUCGAUUAUCAGUGACGCAAAUGGACCUCAGUGCUGUUCCAGUUUCCGGACACAUCCAAUCCCUGUAAGCGUCAUUGAAACGUAUGAAGAAACACAGUUGAACUGUUCAAAAGCUGGAGUCAUUUUUACUCUAAAGUACGGUCAUCACGUGUGUACAGACCCCGGGGUUGAGUGGGUGCAACAGGCCUUGAAAAGAUUUGACCAGCGUCUGUUUGCAAGUUCGAUUAUCAGUGACGCAAAUGGACCAGAGCAUUGCUGUUUCAGAUUCCAGACACAACGAAUCCCUGUAAGAGUCAUUACAGGGUAUAAAGUAACACAGAUGAACUGUACAAAAGCUGGAGUCAUUUUUACUCUAAAGAAUGAUCGUCUCAUGUGUACAGACCCCAGGGUUGAGUGGGUGCGACAGGCCAUGAAAAGAAUUGACCAGCGUCUGUCGACUGUCCGUGAUCAAAAUGGACCAAGUCAGUUCAGUUUCCAGAAGAUUCGAAAUCCUAUACGCAUCAUUGAAGCAUAUAAAGAAACGCGGAUGGACUGUGCAAUAGCUGGAAUCAUUUUUACUCUAAUGAACUGUCGCUGCGCAUGUCCAGACCCCUGGGACGAGUGGGUGCAACAGGCCAUGAAAAGAAUUUACCAGGAUCAAAAUGGACCAAGUCAGUUCAGUUUCCAGAAGAUUCGAAAUCCUAUACGCAUCAUUGAAGCAUAUAAAGAAACGCGGAUGGACUGUGCAAUAGCUGGAAUCAUUUUUACUCUAAAGUACUGUCGUUGCGUGUGUGCAGACCCCUGGGACGAGUGGGUGCAACAGGCCUUGAAAAGAUUUGACCAGCAUCUGUUUGCAAGUUCUAUUAUCAGUGAUUUCAUCAAACUAAGUAUUGGAUGA